GCGCAAGGGCAUGAAGAGAAGUUUGUCCGCGUGCUGUCCGCGUGCUGCGGACAAACAGAAGGAUAGUCUCUCUCUCCUGACGUCCUCUUAAAGGGGAGGAAACCACCGAGCCCAGGUGCAGCCACUUGACGGCUGAGGAGGCCGUCACAUCAUCAACAAGGCCCAGGACUCACACUGACUAACACUAUAUGCACAAUGGUGAUAGAGGCAGACUAUGAUCUUGUGAUAGAGGCAGACUAUGAUCUGGUGAUAGAGGCAGAUAAUGAUCUGGUGACAGAGGCAGACGGCAGCUGAUGCACGUUUGGCAUGCUUACGGAAACCAGUUAGUCUGGAAACCAGUUUGGCGAUAACACCGGCUGAUUUCUUGUAAAUCCCACUUGUUGGCGGAAAGGCGGCUCCGUAAUGUUGGGUAGUGUUGAAUGCAGAACUACUUUUCUCAGAGGCGUGGUCAUAACGUUGUUCUGUCUGAAUCAAACAGCUUUUCAGUAGCAAAGCUCUUUAUUAAUCAAGUAGCGCAGAGGUGUCCACACAGGUUACAUUUUCCCCAAACAUUUCUGAAGCUCAAGUUCAAGUCAGAAAUAUAUCUGCUAAGGAACAGUGUCAAAUAUGUCGACUACACAGCUGAUGAAGAACUGUUUGAAUAACCUGAGUGAAGACAAAGAGGUUGAAUUUAAGAAGAAGCUUCGUGCUGAUGUCCCCUCUGUUCUCCUUGGAGACACCAUAGGGGAUGAUACCACUGCACAGGAAACGGUGAACACGCUGGUGAAAGCGUUCAACAUACAGCCUGCCCUUAAGUUGAUAAUUGACAUUUUGGAAAAAAUACGCCUUAUGAAAGAUGCUGACAAGCUAAGUAAAGACGUAGAAGAGAGGAAAGCUCUACUUCUCCAAGCUCCAUGUGAGUGUUGUCCUCUGGAGGAUGAUGAACGUGAAGAUAAACAACACAUAUGUCAACCCAAGAAGGUAGAUGAUGAAUAUUGUGCGGAUUCAGUACCCACACAAUGUAGCUUACCAAUCGAGACACGUUUGAAAGCCCAUGAUUGGCUCAGUAACAAAGACCAAUUAUUUAAGUUAGGUAGCCAUGAGUUCUGUAAAAGGUGUUUAAGUGAGACCCAGAAGGAGCAGUGUCCGGUGUACAGGCAGAUCUUGGAGCGGUACCCACUGGACCCACAGGACCCACAAGACCCACUGGACCCACUGGACCCACAGGACCCACUGGACCCACAGGACCCACAGGACCCACUGGACCCACUGGACCCACAAGACCCACUGGACCCACUGGACCCACAGGACCCACUGGACCCACUGGACCCACAGGACCCACUGGACCCACUGGACCCACUGGACCCACAGGAACCACAGGACGAGGUUCAGGCUGUCUCCGAGGUGUCAACACAUGAGAAGACCGUGUCCCCUGCCUCUAUAAAAGGAGUUAGAAUUAACACUGAGGUGUAUCAAAUAGACAGCAAGCCACGAGGCAUCUGUCUGAUCAUCAGCAACAAGGACUUUGGGGGACCACGGAACAGACAUGGAACAGAGAGGGAUGUUGAAUCUCUGUUGAGGGUGUUCAGCUGGCUGGGGUUCAGAGUGCUGCUGUGUGUGGACAAGACUGCACAGGAGAUGAAGGAGGUGCUGGAGGCCAUCUCCAAACUGGAUCAAGAGCAGCUGGUAGACGAACUGAAGCUAGAGCGACUGAAGGGGGUGCUGAACAACUACAAUGUGGAGCAAGAGAAACUGAAGAAGCUGAACAGCAGCUCCAAACAGAAGCAAAGGCUACUGAAGGUGCAGGAGAAAAUCUCCAAACUGGAGCGAGAGAAACUGGAGGUGGAGGAGAACAUCUCCAACCUGAUGUAUCUACACACAUUGCAGUGUGGCCUGUAUGAGUACAAUGGAGACAGAGGAGACUUUAUUCCUCUGAAGGAGCCUCCACAACACGGAGAUGCCUUCGUCUGCUGUCUGCUGAGUCAUGGAGGAAAGAUAGGUGUCUGUGGUGUGGACAGCGAAGAACUUCCCAUCGAACAGAUCCUCUCGCUAUUCAACGGAGAGAACUGCUCAACCCUCAACUGCAAGCCCAAGGCCUUCUUCAUCCAGGCGUGUCGGGGGAAAAGGAGAAUGCCAGGGACGCUCGAAGAGGUAGAUAUCAGUGAUGUUGACUAUGAUGCAUCUCCUACAACUAAGAGAAACAAUGGAGCUUCAUUGCUACCGAGGCCGACUUCUUGGUUGUCAGGUCAACCGUGCAGAACUAUGUUUCCAUGAGACAUAGAAAAUAUGGGUCCAUAUUCAUCCAGCUUCUGUGUAGCCAACUGAUCUCAGAUCUCAGCCCCAGAGGUGAAAACAUCCUGAACAUCCUGACAAAGGUCAAUUACAAAGUGGCAAAAGAAGACCACGAUAACAUUCAGGAUGUGAAGAAAACCUACCAUAAAAUGCAGGUGUCUGAGACCAGCUUCACCCUGAGAAAGAGCCUGGUGUUUCCUGUUCAGCAGUGCACUCUGACCCCGGAUGAACAGAUAACCUGUGCUGCCCCCCCCAAGGAGCAAGUGAAUGAGACACUCCCAAACCACAACCACCCAUUGUGGCAAAUUAUUUUACAUAUUUUGUUGCUAUUUUCACGAAUUGCUUCAAGGGAAUAUAGCUGUUAGUGUAUUUCCUAGUGAAUAUUGUCAAUAAAUAAAAAAUAAUGUUGGUGCAUCAUCUAUUUAAAAACAGUUGUUUUCAUAAUUGUAUUAAUAUAAAAGUUUUCAACUGGGCACCUUAACCCCUCAUGACAUUUAUGCUUAAAACUGCAGAUUACAUGACCCUGUACCUUUUUCAGCCCAAACUGCCAUUUUUGCCAACAUUUUCACAUUUUGGUGCAUCCCUACCUACAGAGACUCUUUAGAUUAUUUUGGGUUGCAGACUAUUUUGAAUAUUAAAUAUUGCAUACAGUGUGAUCUGAUGGGAUUUACAUCUUUGUACCUUGUACUGUAAUAUGUAAGUACUUUGUAUUGUAAGUAGUACCGUACAAAGUGAAAAGCAUCAAAUAAAAUAAAAGCACAGAAAUUCACAGGUCUGUUUCCUGUCUUCUGACACCAACACACUGUUCUCCCAGGUCACCAUGACAACACACUGUUCUCCCAGGUCACCAUGACAACACACUGUUAUCCCAGGUCACCAUGACAACACACUGUUCUCCCAGGUCACCAUGACAACCAGAAGAGACCGAGACCACAGGUUGUUUUCAAGAAAUAUAUUAAAUCAACUAAAUGAAUAUAAACCUAUUGUUCAUUUUACAGCCAUUCAACUUCACCAUGGUAACAACCAUUCACAUCAUCAUCAGCCUCCUUUAGAGGAACACAUUACAGUCUAACAGGACAGUUUAAAAAGAUGACACACUGUGCAGUUCACUGUGGCAGCAACUGGCCAGGUUCACUGUAGGAAAGUCCAUAUGUACUUACAAGUACCUCAUAUAAUCCACACUGUAUGGACUGUGUUGUAAUCCAGACUAAACGUUAUACAGGGAGUUCAUAGGUUGAUUCUUAGUGCAGUACAUUAAUGUAGCUAUGCAGAAUGCACUUCAGGGUGGGGUCAGUCAUUAACACGCUUUAGGCAAACAUUAAAGAUGACAUCAUUUAUCUUGUUGACUCUUAUGUAACCAUAAAAACCCUGUUGUAGGCACAACAUGGGAGGUAAGGCUAGCUUCUCAGCACAGUAUCUG